AUGGGAAGGAGUUGGCUGGGCCCUCCGCUCUGUCAGUGGAGGCUGCUGCCUGCUCCGGGGGCGGCUUGCGCGGUGGCGGCCGAAGCUGACCGGGGUGGGCGCCAGCGCCGGGCUUUGCCCUCUUCUGGAAGGACAAAACCUUCAACUGUAGAAGUUCUGGAAAAUAUAGAUAAGGAAAUUCAAGCAUUGGAAGAAUUUAGGGAAAAAAAUCAGAGAUUACAAAAAUUAUGGGUUGGAAGAUUAAUUCUCUACUCCUCAGUUCUCUACCUGCUUACUUGUUUAAUUGUAUACCUGUGGUAUCUUCCUGAUGAACUUACAGCAAGACUUGCCAUGACACUCCCAUUUUUUGCUUUCCCAUUGAUCAUCUGGAGCAUAAGAACAGUGCUUAUUUUCAUCUUUUCCAAGAGAACAGAAAGAAAUAAUGAAGCAUUGGAUGAUUUAAAAUCCCAGAAGAAAAAAAUACUUGAAGAAGUCAUGGAAAAAGAAACUUACAAGACGGCUAAAUUAAUUCUGGAAAGGUUUGAUCCAGAUUCAAAGAAAGCAAAGGAGAUUGAGCCACCAUCUGCUGGAGCAGCUGUAACUGCAAGACCUGGACAAGAGAUUCGUCAGCGAACUGCAGCUCAAAGAAACCUUUCUCCAACACCAGCAAGCCCUAGUCAGGGACCUCCUCCUCAAGGUCCAAUAUCUCCUGGAUCACCAAAGGACUCUUCAGCCCCUGGUGGACCUCCAGAAAGGACUGUUGCUCCAGCCUUAUCGUCAAAUGUGUUACCAAGACGUCUUGGAUCCCCUGCUACUUCAGUGCCUGGAAUGGGUCUUCAUCCUCCGGGUCCACCUUUGGCAAGACCCAUUCUUCCCCGAGAACGAGGUGCUUUGGAUAGAAUUGUUGAAUAUUUAGUUGGUGAUGGACCACAAAACAGGUAUGCCCUUAUAUGUCAGCAGUGUUUUUCUCAUAAUGGCAUGGCUUUGAAAGAAGAAUUCGAAUACAUUGCUUUUCGAUGUGCCUACUGUUUUUUCUUGAAUCCUGCAAGAAAAACCAGACCCCAGGCUCCAAGACUUCCAGAGUUUAGUUUUGAGAAGCGGCAGGCAAUGGAAACCUCAAGUUCAGCUGGUCCCUUGCCCUCAGGAAGCAUGAUUUCAUCAGAGAACCAAUUUAGUGAAGAAUCUUUAGAAGAAGCAGAUGUUCUUGAUAACAGUGAAGAGCAGACAGAUGACAAAACAUCAGAUACAGAGCAAAUGGACCAAGUGAUUGAAAAAGCAUCUGUCACAGAGGAAUCAGAGGAGAAACAAGAGGAGACCAAGAGUGAGGAAACUGCAAUGAAUGAAGCCAAAUCAACAGUUCCCAUAGCUGACUCUGUUCCUAAUCCUGAACUAAGUGAAGAAUCUUCAGUGACAAUGUAGUAAAUACUUCCAUGUGCCUUCAACUAGAUACUUGUAGUCUUAUUGAUAUCAAUUUAUUGCUUUUUAGGUGGUUCUUUCCAUAUUUUUUCCUCUCUAAGGAAAUGGUUGAAACCAUUGAAUUCAGAUUUUCUCUCUGUUUCAGUAUGUCAGAGUUUUGUAUCUACUGGGAAUUAAAAGCAAAUGAUAUCAGUAAAGGAAGGCCCUUUUGAAUGUACAAAGACCUAUACUGUUUAGAUAGCUUUUAGAUUAUGUUCAUUCUAAAAGUAAACAAACAUGUUAGCAUCCUUGUGGCCUGUAAAUAAUACCCAUUUUGACAUAGGAAGAACCUUGGUUAGGAAUAAGUUCUAAUAGUGUUUUUUUUGAGGAAUGAAACACAAGUGAGAUUUUUAAUGCCAUAUUAAAAAUGGAUAGAAUUUUAACUUUUCAGACAUUUUCGGGGGGAUAUCUAUUUAAGCAUUUACAGUUAGUGGUGUGAAAGUUUAACUACAUAGUUGGUACGAAUUUUCAGUAAGAAUGCUAUUCAAUAGUCAAGUGCAGUGUUUCUUUUUGAUGUCUAUUUGCAGCUGGGCCAAAGGCACAUGAUGUAUAUAAUUAGCUUAUGUUUACAUAUUUACAGAUAGGAAACAUCUCUGCACUUGACUGUACUUGAAUUCUGAACAUUAUUUAUACUUGUAAAAUAAUGAUAUAUAAGUGAAUUUUGUGCUCUUGUUUGUUUUUUGUUAAGGAAAAUACAGAUGAUCUGGCAGCAGUUUAUUUUUGUUAACUGUCUAGACUUCUUCAAACAGUAUUUUGGUGGGUGACUUGGCUACCUGAAAAAUCCAAGUAGAGGGAGGUGACGAGACAGUAAAUAAAUGUAGAGGUUCUGCUGAGAGCUUAUGAUGAUGCUUUUAUUCAGAGUUAUUGCUUUUCAAACCCAGGGAUUGUGAGAACAAAUUUUGUGAAGAGAGGCUAUGAGUUACUGGUUACUUGGAUUUAAUAUGUGCAUUAAUGAUUAACUGAGUAAAAAUAUUUACCCGUAAUGGUAAUUAGACUUAGUUACAGUGUGAUUAUCUUUUCUAGCUUCCUUUGAUUGUUCUAUUCCUCUAUGAAAAAAUAAAUUAUGCCAAAGGGAGGAAUAUGUAGGAAUGGUGUAUGUGACAAAUAUUUCAAAGUUGUACACAGUUUACGAAAAUUUAAUAAAAUAAUAUUUGCUUUCAUUUAAAAAGUCAUCCUUAUCAUUUAAUAUCUUAUUGUCUGAUAGAUUUUUUUUUUUUAAAGAUUUAUUUAUUUGUUUAUACAGAGCUGGGGUACAGGCCAGAGA